UUAGCAAACCCGUAAAACAGCUGAUUCAUAUGUUUUGUAUGGUAAACUCGCACUUUACGAUUGUGUUAUUAUUAACUGCAGUUAAUAAUGCUGGACAAAGUUAAGAAUGUUAUUGUUGUGCUCUCGGGCAAAGGUGGUGUGGGCAAAUCAACAGUUAGCACACAGUUAGCGUUGGCAUUGCGCGCAACGGGUCACAAGGUGGGUCUGCUGGACAUAGAUCUAUGUGGUCCCAGCGUACCAUAUUUGCUGGGUCUCGAGGGUCGUGACAUAUUCCAGUGCGACGAUGGCUGGGUGCCCAUUUAUACGGAUGAGAGCAAGACGCUGGCCGUGAUGUCUAUCGGGUUUCUGCUUAAGAAUCGCACUGAUCCUGUCAUUUGGAGAGGGCCCAAGAAAACGAUGAUGAUUAAGCAAUUCCUCAGCGACGUUAAAUGGGAUGAGCUGGACUAUCUAAUCAUUGACACACCGCCCGGAACAUCCGAUGAGCACAUCACCGUUAUGGAGUGCUUGCGCGAGGUGCCCUGCAAUGGUGCAAUUAUUGUGACAACGCCACAAGGCGUCGCCUUGGAUGAUGUCCGCAAGGAGAUCACAUUUUGCAAAAAGACGGGAAUCAAACUGCUGGGCAUUGUGGAGAAUAUGAGCGGCUUUGUUUGUCCGCAUUGCACCGAAUGCACUAACAUAUUCUCCUCGAAUGGCGGCGCAGAGCUGGCGAAUUUGGCACAGGUGCCACAUUUGGGCACGCUGCCCAUCGAUCCGCGCGUAGGCGUUUUGGCUGGCAGCACCGCAUCGGCCUUGGAUGAGCUGCCCGAUUCCAGCACGGCGCAGAUCUUGCGCGGCAUUGUCCAGCAUUUGGAUGCGUUGACGGCGGUGCCAGCGAUAGCUUAAGCUUAACCUUAAUUCGUAAUGAUUGAGAUAAGACGCAUUGUAUUCAGUUGGUUUCGUUUAUUCUUUAUUGCUGUUAACCGAGAAAAUUGUGGGCAUGAGAGCCCUGAUACUAAAAACUUUGGUAUAUUUGCAUUCA